UAUAUUCUGCUUAGCUGCCUCGCGCUGAAUGUUGCGUUGCUCGAACGUCACCAUCCAAUUCUUACACUACUGGUGGCCGACAAGCUAUUACUAUUACUCACACUCGGUGAAGUAGCAUUCAUGCUUUCAACUAUAUUCCUCAAGAUCUCGCUCAUGCUCUUCUACCGUCAAUUCGUCUGGAAGCAAUGGCAAAGGCGCGCCAUCAUUGUUGCUGGAGGUUGUUCGAUCGUCCUCUCCCUCAUCGCCCUCUUCUUGUCGCUCUUCCAAUGCGGUACGCUCAAGCAUAUUGCACACCGACAAAUCAAUGGCCAUUGUGUCCGGCGUGAUAGAUUCGUCCCUUUGCUCUAUCUCCAUGGAGCAACAGGUGCUCUUACCGAUUGGGCCUUCGCGCUGCUGCCGGUCACCGUGCUCAUCAAGUCAUCACUCAAACCACAUAUCAAGCUUUCCGUUUGUGUUCUGCUUAUCCUAGGCGUCACUGGGAGUGUCGCUGCCUGCUUCCGCACCGCUUAUGUUUACGGCGUCUGGUUCGAUCCUGCCUUUCUUGAUCCCGCUACUCCUUCUACCUUUUACGAACACUCGGCUCCGGAAAUUGUGCUGGCUCUUACAGAACUUGGCUUUGGAAUAUCGGCUGCUAGUCUGGCUUGCUUGCAACCACUGCUUCGA